AAAAAUUUAGAAGGAAUAUAACAACAGAAGAUAAACUGAUAAAGUAAAGAAGGGGGAAAGAAAAGGAAGAGAGAGGAGAAAGGCGAAUUGGUUUCGCUGCGCGACACCGUCUCUGUAGCUGCUUUACUUUUCUUCUACAGAACGCGUGUUAAAAGCCAAAGACAGAACAGGGAUCCGCUGGGAGUCAAACCCACGCCACGCCAUCCCCUCUUCCCUUCUUUCCGACACAACCCUCCUCCUCUUCUGUUCUGGAAAGGGAAUGGCAGCGGAGGCGGAUGUUGACUUGUCAAGUCUGCAGUCUCAGCUAAGUGAAACUAAUGAAAUUUGGAAGGAGGAGAUGGAGCGAAGCCAAUCCCAAGUAGAUGUAUUACAAACCAAAAUAAUGGAGGUGAAGGCUAGCAUUCAGGGGUCUGAGGGAGAAUCAAAAAUGGAGUUAGAGGUUCUUUGGCGAAGGGUAAAAGCUACUGCAACAUUGUUGACGUACUUGAAAUCUAAGGCAAGAGCAAUAGCCAUUCCUGAUUUGGCCCAUACAUCAUGUGGCAUCAAACAGUUGGAAGGGGUAGGUCUUGUGGACAAAAAUGGCAUGCCAUUGUCUAGCUGGUCCAGGAGUGUUGAUCUUUCUUCAUUUGACAGUCCAGAUGAAGAAACAUUGAUGGGAAUUAGUAGAGAUCGGGGUUCUUUAGAUGAGCAAGAUGGAGCUUAUAUUGGUGAGUUGCUCAAGUCUGUGCAGAUGGUCACAGAUGUAAUGGAAGUUCUUGUCAAGAGGGUCAUCAUGGCUGAAUCAGAAACUGCUAUUGAGAAAGAGAAAGUAACUUCAGGUCAUGAAGAAAUUAGAAGGAAGGUAAUCCAAAUUGAAAAUAUGUCUUUGAAGUUAGAAGAGAUGGAAAGGUUUGCUCUUGGUACAAAUGGUAUUCUUAAUGAAAUGAGGCAGAGGGUUGAGGACUUGGUUGAGGAAACAUCUAGGCAGAGACAACGAGCUGCAGAAAAUGAGCAAGAGCUUAUUCGUGUAAAGCGGGAUUUUGAGUCUCUGAAAUCUUAUGUUAGCUGUCUCAUUAGUGUGAGAGAAACUCUUAUUUCAUCAGAGAAGCAAAUUCAAACUAUUGAGAGGCUUUUUGAUCGGCUAGUUGCCAAGACAACACAGCUAGAGGGUGAGAAAAAGCAGAAAGAGACUGAAGUACAGAAACUUAUGGAAGAGAAUGUGAGAUUGACUGCCCUUCUUGACAAGAAAGAGGCUCAGCUUCUGGCCUUGAAUGAGCAAUGCAAAGUAAUGGCCCUGAAUGCUUCAAAUAUAUAACUUGAUUGGAUUUUCUUGCUCUACUGCCCGUGGUGUUGCAGUGCAACAGUGCAAGGUAGUUCAGUUUCAGCAGACCUGCCAACCAGCCAUCCAUAGGAGAAUAGGUGCAAUUGGAGAUGCUGGAUUGGCAGGUUUUCGACAGAUCAUUUCUUUGAAAAUGUAACGUACUGAAGAGCAAAGUGAACUUUAUUUGUUGUUGCAGUUGUGCUUUCAAGAACCGAACCUGUAACUGUAAGUGUUGAUUCCCAUUGUUGUGCUAUUGAACACGAAUUGCUUUAUUCCUCGUAUAGUUUUUAAGAG